AUGGUCAAGCUGAACAAGAACCUCCACUCCUCCCGAAGCAAGAGCCGCCGUGCUCACUUCAAGGCUGGCUCUGGCGAGCGCCGUACCAUCAUGAGCGCCCCUCUCAGCAAGGAGCUUCGUGAGAAGUACAACGUCCGCAGCAUCCCCAUCCGCAAGGACGACGAGGUCACCAUUGUCCGUGGCUCUAACAAAGGCCGCGAGGGCAAGGUCACCUCCGUCUACCGUCUCAAGUACGUGAUCCACGUCGAGCGUGUCACCCGCGACAAGGCCAGCGGCCAGAGCGUCCCUCUGGGCAUCCACCCCUCCAACGUCGUCGUCACCAAGCUCAAGCUUGACAAGGACCGUGAGAGCAUCCUGGCCCGCUCCAAGGUUGGCCGUGAGCUCCGCGCUCCCGGCAAGGUCUCUGCUUAA